CUCAGGCGCAGGAGCACAGGCCUGGACCGGCGGCUGUAAGUUUUGGACCCUGUCGUCGUCGUCGUCGUCUGCGCUGCUGCCCCGAGACGGCGCGAGGUCGCGGGCAGUGACCCUGACGUCCGGUCGAAUUCUCCGUGCGGAUCCAAAUAGACUGAGUUUGCUUUUGGUCUGUCCCCGAAUACUCCGCGUUCGCGCUAGGGAAGAAGAGGACCCGAGGCUGAGUGGCUCCUGCUCGGAUUUCUACUAGCAAGGAUGAACUGUCGAUCAGAAGUGCUGGAGGUGUCGGUGGAGGGGCGGCAGGUGGAGGAGGCCAUGCUGGCAGUGCUGCACACCGUGCUCCUGCAUCGCAGCACAGGCAAGUUCCACUACAAGAAGGAGGGCACGUACUCCAUCGGCACUGUGGGCAUCCAGGAUGUAGACUGUGACUUCAUUGACUUCACGUACGUGCGUGUCUCCUCUGAGGAGCUGGACCGUGCCUUGCGCAAGGUUGUCGGGGAAUUCAAGGAUGCACUGCGGAACUCAGGUGGUGAUGGGCUAGGCCAGAUGUCCUUGGAAUUCUAUCAGAAGAAAAAGUCUCGAUGGCCUUUUUCAGAUGAGUGCAUCCCUUGGGAGGUGUGGACUGUCAAGGUGCAUGUGGUAGCCUUGGCCACAGAGCAGGAGCGGCAGAUCUGCAGAGAGAAGGUGGGUGAGAAACUGUGUGAGAAGAUCAUCAACAUCGUGGAGGUGAUGAGCCGGCAUGAAUACCUGCCCAAGAUGCCCACACAGUCAGAAGUGGACAACGUGUUUGACACGGGCUUGCGGGAUGUGCAGCCCUACCUCUACAAGAUCUCCUUUCAGAUCACUGAGGCCUUGGGCACCUCAGUCACCACCACUAUGCGCAGGCUCAUCAAAGACACCCUUGCCCUGUAGGCCUUGCUGGAGCCUUGGCAGCUCGUUAAUGGUUCUGGGAGUGUGUUGCUGGCAUCUGGGGCUCUGGAACCUGCUCUAGAUCCUUGUAGGGACUUGAAGAGAAGCUCUUGGUGUCCUUGUUUGUGGUUGCCAGCCUCUGGUGGCUCUGUCACCUUUGCAGUGGUCCAGUCCUGGAUGCAGCCUUCCACCUGCUCUGGUGGGGCUCACUUUCUACACUGUACUGUACUGAGGGUGCUGAAUAAAGUUGAGAUGUGAGUUUGUUUCA